UUGUCUGCGGAUAUUAAAGAAAUCAUCAGAUCCAUACUCGGCCACAUCGUUGACUUGAAGUCUUUUCUCGGAGACUUACCACAAAUAGUCAACAACUUGGAAUUGGAAGGCCAACUCAGGGAGGUAGCAACUCCAACAAAAGAUGUAAUCGAAUCUCUUCUGUCCGCAAAAGAUCCAUCAGAUUACAGAUCAAUCAAGCAGACCGUCGGAGUGUCGGAUUCCGAUUUCGGGCUUCAGUUGCAGCAAGUAGCAGAGAAAUUGGAGUCAUUUGUGGUAGAGACGGAGCCAAGCCCCGGGCACGACUCGGGGAUCUUCCGGCUCCGCACCUGCGCAUCAUCGAGACGUGCAGCCACAAGCAAAGAUAUGAUGCUUGGUUCUCAUGAAGAUCUAUUCUGGGUAAUGAAGCAGCUUACUUUCGGUUGUUCUUCAUCCAGACUACAAGUCCUUUCAAUUGUUGGAACUGGAGGUAUUGGGAAAACCACAUUUGCUGAAACUAUUUAUAAUAGUCCAAUUAUGGAGUGUUUUGAUAUUCGGGGUUGGGUGACUGUAUCACAAGAUUAUAGCGAAGGAAGGGUUGCUUUAGAUCUGCUAGCUUCUGUGAAAGGAAUUUCAACUUUACAGAGCAAGAUCCCCAAGGAGGACGAAAUUCGCGAAUACCUAAUGGGUGGGAGGUAUCUUAUUGUAAUGGACAACGUGUGGAGUAAGAAAGCUUGGGAUGAUGUGAGGAAGCUAUUUCCUGACAAUGAUAGGUACCAUAUAAUCAUAAUUUUAGAUUUAGCAUGA